UUAUGUGUUUUAUUUCAGUUGGUCGCAUUAUGUUUCAGCUCUUCUCAGACAUAUGUCCAAAAACGUGCAAAAAUUUCCUUUGCCUAUGCUCAGGGGAGAAAGGCCUUGGGAAAACAACUGGAAAGAAGUUAUGUUAUAAAGGUUCUACAUUCCAUCGUGUGGUUAAAAACUUUAUGAUUCAGGGUGGGGACUUCAGUGAAGGUAAUGGAAAAGGUGGAGAAUCUAUUUAUGGUGGAUAUUUUAAAGAUGAAAACUUUAUUCUCAAACAUGACAGAGCGUUCCUUUUGUCAAUGGCAAAUCGAGGGAAACAUACCAAUGGUUCCCAGUUUUUCAUUACUACAAAACCUGCUCCACACCUGGAUGGGGUACAUGUUGUCUUUGGACUGGUUAUUUCUGGUUUUGAAGUCAUUGAGCAGAUAGAAAAUCUGAAAACUGAUGCUGCAAGCAGACCUUAUGCAGAUGUGCGAGUUAUUGACUGCGGGGUGCUUGCCACAAAAUCAACAAAAGAUGUUUUUGAAAAAAAAAGGAAGAAACCAGUACAUUCAGAAGACUCAGAUUCCUCUUCCAGUUCCUCUUCCUCUUCAGAAUCAUCUUCAGAAAGUGAAAUUGAGUAUCAGAGAAAUAGGAGAAGGAAACAUAAGAGGAGGCCAAAAGCUAAACAUUCUAAACGGAGACGAAAGGAAGCGAGCAGUUCAGAGGAGCCAAGGAGUAAACACGUCAGGAGCCCAAAAGUUCACUCUGAGAGGAGUGAUACCAAUGAGAACAGACCAGUGGAUUCAAAUGCUAAAAGGGAAAAGCCUGUUGUCCGCCCAGAAGAGAUUCCUCCAGUGCCUGAGAACCGAUUUUUACUGAGGAGAGAUAUGCCUGUUGUCCCGGUGGAGCCUGAGCCGAAGAUUCCAGAUGUUGCACCCACUGUAAGUGAUCAGAAACCAUCUGUGUCAAAGUCUGGACGGAAGAUUAAAGGAAGGGGUACCAUUCGCUAUCACACACCUCCAAGAUCGAGAUCCUGUUCGGAGUCUGAGAACAAUGACAGCAGUGAAACUCCUCCUCACUGGAAGGAGGAGAUGCAGAGGCUGAGAGCGUACCGACCGCCAAGUGGAGAGAAGUGGAGUAAAGGAGACAAGUUAAGUGAUCCCUCUUCAAGCCGGUGGGAUGAGAGAAGCUUGUCACAGAGAUCUCGGUCAUGGUCCUAUAGUGGAUAUUACUCAGACCUGAGUACAGCAAGACACUCUGAUGGUCAUCAUAAAAAACGCAGAAAGGAAAAAAAAGUUAAGCAUAAAAAGAAAGCCAAAAAGCAGAAGCACUACAGAAGACACAGACAGACUAAGAAGCGAAAAGUUGUGCUAUCUGACAUAGAAUCUUCGAAAUCUUCCACUCGACAGGUGAGGUCCUCUUGUGAUAGAGAAAGGAGGUCUCGCUCUUCCUCCUUAUCAUCUCAUCACUCGUCCAAGAGGGACUGGUCCCAAUCUGACAGGGGCGGCCAGAGCUCUUCGACCCAUUCCAGCAGGGACUCCCCCAGAUCGAAGUCUCCCUCGAGGUCCUAUUCUAGAGGAAGCUGCACAUCAAGGCCUGCAUCGAGGUCCUCAUCACAUUCUCAGAGUAGAUCCAAGUCCAGAUCGAGUUCCAAGUCAGGGCCUCGAAGGACAGCAUCAAAAUCACCAAGAGCAACAGCUUCUCAGUCGAGUGACAAUAAACCAGUUAAAACAGAAUCUUUAAGAGCAACAGUGCCACAGAAUGAAAAUGUAGUAGUACAGCCAGCGGUAACAGAAAAUAUCCCAGUGAUACCACUGAGUGACAGUCCCCCCCCUUCACGGUGGAAGCCUGGGCAGAAGCCUUGGAAGCCGUCCUAUGAGCGAAUUCAGGAAAUGAAAGCUAAAACGACUCAUCUGCUGCCCAUCCAAAGUACUUACAGUUUAGCAAGUGUUAAAGAGACUGGCAGUUCAUCAUCCUACCAUAAAAGAGGAAAAAAUUCAGAAAGUGAUCGGAGUGCUUAUUCAAAAUACAGUGAUAGAAGUUCCGAAAGUUCGCCGAGGUCAGGGAGCAGAUCUUCUAGGAGUAGGAGCAGAUCUUAUUCUAGGUCCUACACGAGAUCCCGUAGUCCGGCUAGUUCACGUUCCAGGUCCCGGCCUCUAUCCUCCAGGUCUCACUCACGAGGUAAGUACAGUGAUCACUCACGGUGCAGUAGGUCGUCUUCGUACACUUCCGCGGGCAGUGACGGGGAGAGACGGGCCAGGAGGAAAUUCAGAUCCAGUGGGGAGAAAAGUAACGCUUCCAAUAAAAGGCACAGCAGCCGUUCUGAAAAGACACUGCGUGGUCAACAUGCCAGAGGUAGAGACCGGUCUUCACGUCGGAGAAGACGGUACAGCGAGAGCAGGUCCUCUGUAGAUUCUUCUUCAGACAACGAACAGUCAAGUGUUCAGGUCGUACAUUCAGCCCACGAGAGAGAGAAGCAGGGCAGAGUGGAAGUAACGAAUAAUAAACAGGAAAAAGGCAGUGAUGCAGAGAGAUCCAAACCUGAACGGGAAUGCUUGCGUUCCAAAAUGAGAAAUUCAAAAGAGAAUCUUUCUGAUCACUUCAGAAAUGGCAACAAGCCCAAAAGGAAGAAUUAUGCUGGGAGUAAAUGGGACUCUGAGUCAAAUUCAGAACGAGAUGUAAUUAAAACCAAUCCAAAGGGUUCUGGGAGGUCUUCUGACAAGGAGGAAGGGGAGGCCACAUCAGAUUCUGAGUCAGAACUCAGUGCAGUUCACAUCAAAGCCAAACCCAAGGCAAAGUCUCCAGCAAAUGCGGCGCUGCCCGAUAGUGGUGCCCAGAAGUCCAGCAGACAGCGGCCCUCGACUUCUGGUUCUGAAGGGUCCAACUCUAACUCCGAAAACAACAGAGCAAAGCCACGAAAGCACAAACACUCCUCAAAGGAAAAUCUGAAAAGGGAUCACACCAAGAAAGUGAAGGAGAAAGUGAAAGGGAAAAAAGACAAGCACAAGCCUCCAAAACGAAAGCAAGCAUUCCACUGGCAGCCUCCACUAGAAUUUGGGGAGGAGGAGGAGGAAGAAGAGGAGAUUGACGAAAAGCAAAUCACUCAAGAGUCAAAAGAAAAAAAAGAACUUCCUGAAAACAGUGAAACGCUAAAAAAUGAUACUCCUCACACUGAGAAAUCUUGCGACAAGGCCAGGCUUUCACAACAACACAGCACAGUGACUGUGUCGUCAGCCCUGGAUCAGCUUGCCGAAAGUGACAGUAAGCCCAAUAUUUGUCCCACAGCUUUAGUUCCCGAGGAAGAGGGGGCCAGUUUGCCCCGAAACACUCAGCAUGUUGAAGAAGGUGCCCCAAGCGGAGCAGAGGAUGUGUUUCAGGCAGAUGAUAACAUGGAAAUCUGCACCCCCGAGAGAAGCUCCCCAGUCAAGGGAGAAGGGACUUCCCCCCUGGCCGUUUCACGGCUCAGCACCCCACAGAUGAGCACUGUUCUCAAACAGGAUCUGCACACGGAGCCUCCUGACACAGGCAGACUGAGACAGGAAGGCAGCACAUCUGAAAACAAAACAGGGGCAGAAGGGGUAAAACAGGACAGCAACUCAGCCAGCGCGGCCAGCCCUGGUAAAAGUGUUGGGAAGAGGGAGGCAGCCGAGAAGAGCCAGGGCAGUCUCUUGGAUAACAAGUGGAAACCCCUGCAGGGUGUGGGGAACCUGUGGGCCCCUCCUGCUUCCACAUCCAAUGCUGCAGAGGCCAAGGUCCUAACUGUUGCACCUGAGAUGAAGCCACAAGGCUUAAGGAUAGAAAUCAAAAGCAAAAACAAAGUUCGGCCUGGGUCACUCUUUGAUGAAGUAAGGAAGACAGCACGACUGAACCGCAGACCAAGAAAUCAGGAAAGUUCAAGUGACGAGCAGACACCUAGUCGGGAUGACGACACUCAGUCCAGGAGUCCAAGUAGAUCCCGCAGUAAAUCUGACACCAAAUCCCGACACAGAGCUAGGUCCAUCUCCUACAGUCGCUCCAGAAGUCGAUCGAGAACUUCCACGUCAUCUUAUCGAUCCAGAAGCUAUUCCAGAAGUCGGAGCCGAGGAUGGCAGAGCCGAGGCCGCAGCCACAGCCGCUCCUACCGAAGCUACGAUAGUCACAGGACAUCCAGCAGGAGCAGGUCCAGGAGCAGCUCGUAUGACCCCCACAGCCGGUCCAGCAGGUCCUACACUUAUGACAGCUACGAUAGCAGGAGUCGGAGCCGGAGCCGGGGCCGCAGGAGUGACAGUUAUCACCGAGGCAGAAGCUACAACAGGUGGUCCAGGUGGGUCCUUCUGUUGUUUUUGUUUCAUGGUGGAUGCUGGGUUUCUGUGAUGGGGCCUUGCUAUAGAGCCCAGGCUGUCCUUAAACUCGUGAUCUUCCUGCCUCAGCCUCCCGUGUGCUGGGCUUACAGAUGGCGCCAUCAAGCCAGGCUAAGGACCUUCUUCUGGGAGCCCCAGAGUUACUGUGGGUUCUCAGUCCCACAGGCACUGACUGCUAGUGUGGAGAAAGUGUAGCCCUCCGAGUAUAGAAGUCCCCUCUUCCCACAUUUAUGACGCCUGGCACUUCUGGAAGCAGCCUUGGUACUAGGAGUCCCCAGGGGAUACUUGCUGGGUCUUGUCCGUGUCUCAUCUCAGAGGAGUUGGAAGUGUUCGCGGAUUGCUGAACAUGCAGUCCUUGAGGAAGGAUGAAAGAAGGCCACUGCAUUCCAGCCACUUCCUAAAGUCAGGCUUUCCAUUUUCUUAUUUCCAUAGAAAAAGAAAGUAAGAAAAUAGGUAAUAAAAUAAGAAAAGAACAUAGGAAAAAAAGGUAAUAGAAGAGAGUCUUGGCAAGAUUAAGGUUCUCUCCUGUCAGUUUAGUAAAAUCAUUGUUAUGUGUUCUGUACAUUGUGCUUUAUAUAGCAUUUUGAUGAUCGCGAGUCUCUGAUAACUCCUGAGUUACCCUUUCUGGUGGGUCCGGCCUCCUGCCCCAUCCAUGUGAUGCAGUGUCGAUGUCACCUGAGUACUCUGGUGCACACGGGCAAGUCCAGGUCCAGGUUCUCAGCACUGCCUGCAGGGCCGCUUCUCUUACCCCUCCAUCUCUGAUUCUGACCCUUUCCUUCUGCCUAGAGACACAGGUGCCCUCUCCACCAUCUCCUCUGCUUCCUGAAAGGACACUCAGGUCGCCACUGCAGCCCACUGUUCCAGAAGCCUCCCUCCCAAGUGCAGGGAGGCAAGCUGCCCCUGUGCCCCUGCAGUGCUCACUGUCCCUAACUGCUUUCUUGCCGGCUGUUCUGUAUUAUCUAUGGCCCUUAGGGAGCCAUACGGGCCGCUGCCGAUACUGUGAUUGGCUCUUGUUGGAUUUUUUCUAAGCUCUCUGACUAGGGACCAUAAGUAGGUCCUCUCGGCUCAGUGUCAGUGUGCAGACCACUUCCACCUUUGCGGGGCUCCCAUUUGGCCUCCCUGCCUUUAAUAAAACUACAGCGCAUCUCCCUCUCCCUUCCUCUGGUGAUCUCAUCGAAUGCUGGUCCUGUCUUGGGCACCACAGAACGUUAUUCUGCUCACAUGUGUAAAUGGAUUUCAAGUAAAUUUCCCAAGGUGUGAGGUUUCCUAGCCUUGAUACUGCCACCAGCUGUCUUAAACAUCCGUGAGAAGUGAGAGGCAUUGCCACAGUCAGAGCCCAGUGUCCACUUCCUGUGCCAGGCUGUCCUGUCAGUAGUGUUUGGGAGCCACUCAGAUCACGAGAUCAGGACCUCAUGGAGGGAUUCAGAAGGUGGACAGUCAAGAUGUUUCCAUACAUUCUGUUUUUUUUAUUUUGUUUUGUUUUGUUUUUUGGUACCGGGGAUCAAACUCCUGUCCUUGAGCUUGAGAGGCAGAUGGAAAAACCACUGAGCAAUCCCCGGCCCUUGUUCUGUUUUGUUAACAGGAGUUGUAGAUCUUAUGGUUCUGACAGUGAAAGUGACCGAAGUUACUCUCAUCACCGGAGCCCCAGUGAAAGCAGCAGAUACACCUGAA